AAAAAUGCUAUAAUAUGCGUCAUGGUGGGACAGGCGACUGUGAGCUGUCUGAAAACGAUAGUUUAGUACAGUUUAGUACAGCAACAGUGAGGAGACAGACCAAACAUACAGUUUCAAAAACGUUUCCAGGUCUAGCAGGAGCGCUGUAGGCUUUAUUAGUAAACCUGUUCAUCUUUACGGGACUUCAUUGCGGUUCUGGGAGGAUGUUGUAUAAACGUUUUCUUAUCCUGGCAGCCGUGCAUGCGGCGUCGUCCGCGGUUUAUAACGGCAGCUCCAUCGUUAGGACCUUUGCUAGGAGAUUAGUCACGGAACGGCCCCUAGUCACAGACGAGCAUAUAGAUCUGGACCUGCUGGACUACUACCCAAACGAAGACAGAAAUGGGCCCGGAGGCAGACUUAACAUUGGAUCUGCACCAGGACAGAGAGUUGGAUUUAUUAACGGGUCCAGACUGGGACAGGUGGAACUGAGCUCGGUCAGCAAUGUUACAGGAGUCUGGUCUUACGCUAUCUCUGUUACGGCCAACGACUUCCUCACAGGCCGUCUGUCCACCAUCUUCAUCCCGACGCUUUACACCGUCGUCUUCCUCAUCAGCGUGCCCCUCAACACUGUUGCCAUGUUGUCCUUUGCCCGACGGAGCCGGCCCCUGAAGCCGGCGGUGAUCUACAUGCUGAACCUGGCGGCCGCUGACCUCCUGUUCACCCUACUGCUGCCCUUCAAGAUCGUCUACCACUACAGUGGCAACGACUGGGGCUUCGGCGAGGGGAUGUGCCGCCUGGUCACCGCCGCCUUCUACUGCAACAUGUACUCCUCCAUCCUCCUUAUGACCUGUAUCAGCGUGGACCGCCUGCUGGCCGUGGCCUACCCCAUCAACUCCCUGGCCUGGAGGAGUCCAUGUAACGCAGCCCUGGCCUGCAGCUCCAUGUGGGUCCUGGCUGUGGGCGGCUCGUUGCCCCUGGUCCUCUCACAGCAGACGGUCUACUACGACCCACUGGGCAUAACCACCUGCCAUGACAUCCAGGACCUGAAGCUGUUAGAGGGGCGCUACCUCUUCUUCUUCCCCAUUCUCUCCUGCACCCUCUACUUCCUGCCGCUGUUCGUCACGGUGACCUGCUACUCCCGGGUGGUGCAGGUGCUCAACAGGGCUCCACGCGGCGUCAUAGGUCGUUCAAGGCAGAAGGCACGAGCAGUGGUGAUGGUGGUCAUCGUGCUGGUGGUGUUUGUGAUCUGUUUCACGCCCACCAACGCCAUCCUCCUGGCUCACUACCUCCAGAUUGGUGGGCGGGUGGCGGGGGAGCCGGACGCCACUCACGUGGCCUACCUGGUGUCUCUGUGUGUGGGGAGCAUAAGCUGCUGCCUGGACCCCCUGGUCUACUACUUUGGCUCAUCCCGGUGCCAGAGGCAGCUUGCGGGGGCUCUGGGGUGCCGGGCGGCCGCAGAGGGAGGGAAGAAUCUGGCCUCAUCCUCUGGUUCUUCCAGGACCAGCACCAGGAUAAGUAAGGUGGAUGCCUUCCAGGCCAGCCUCAGCAGCCAGUACAAGAAACUCCUGGUCUGAUGGAUGGAGAUACAGAGAGCAGUUUCUGAUUCAUUUACUAAAGUGAAGAAUAUAUAUUUAAUUGACUGAAGUGAAGAAUAUAUAUUUAGUAUGUACACUGAGUAUACCAAACAUUCGGAACACCUUCCUAUAUUGAGUUGCAAUCCCACCUUUUUUGCAUUUAGCCUUAAUUCAUCGGGGAGUCCAUGCCCCGAUGACAGCCUUAAUUCAUCGGGGCAUGGACUCUACAAGGUGUCGACUCCAAAGCUUCCCACAGUUGUGUCAAGUUGUCUGGAUGUCCUUUGGGUGGUGGACUAUUCUUCAUACACACAGGAAACUGUUGAGUAUGAAAAAUCCAGCAGCAUUGCCGUUCCUAACACAAACCGGUGCACCUGACACCUACUACCAUAUCCUGUUCAAAGGCACUUCAAUCUGUUGUCUUGCCCAUUCCUCUGAAAGGCACGCAUACACAAUCCAUGUUUUAAUUGUCUCAAUGCUUUACCUGUCUCCUCCGCUUCAACUACACUGAUUGAAGUUGAUUUAGCACGUGACAUUAAUAAGGGAUCAUAGCUUUUACCUGGUCAGUCAAUGUCAUGGAAAGAGCAGGGGUUCUUAAUGUUUUGUAUACUCAGUGUAUUUCCCCUUUUUCAGACAGUGUAUAUAUGGUCUUAAAGAUAGCCAUGGACCAAGCUAGGUUUUUUCUGAAGAGACAGAAUGGAUUUUGCUCGUACAUUGAAUUCAGUCAGACAUUCAUCUGUAGCCUGUGACUCCUGGGCCUGGUUUAGCUAUGCCCAACUAUAUGAAGAAGAUACAUAUUUAAAAAAAUAAAAAAUAAUAAUUACCUUUUAUUUAACUAGGCAAGUCAGUUAAGAACAAAUUCUUAUUUACAAGGAUGGCCUACCCCGGCCAAACCAGUGCAAGAUGCUGCUGGUCUGAUUGAUAUGGAUCAAAGCUGUUUCUGACCUGAACCCAACCUCCAAGAAGGUACAUUAGGGUGAGAGAAAAGGAACAUUUCCAUUUAUAAAAAUGGAAUGCAUGAUAAUGUAUAACAUCUUAAAUUUGUAUCUUAAAUAUAUUUCCCAUGGAAGUUGAAGUUGCUAUUCUUGAAGUAGGUUUAUGGUCCCCAAAGCAGUGUCUAUGAAGUUUGAUGGUUUGUGAUAAGGGAAUUACAAAGGGGUUAUUGUUCAAUCAUGGACUGUACUAUUUCUUAAAAGAACACUGUGGACAAUACAAGGAAAUGCUUUGAUACGCAGGUUUAGUGAGCUCACAUCCAUGCCUGUAGUGUAGGAUCUGUUUCUGUUCAUUUUGUUAACAUUUACCAUUUUUUCUAUGUACAAAUAUUUACUCAGCAAAGUGAAAUGUAUAGCCUAUGUUGUCGAUGUUGCAUAGAAAUACCAUAUAUUAUAUCGCUACAAUAACUUUAGCUCAGACUCAUUAUUGCAGUAAAUUUCGAAUUGUGUAAAUAUAUAGUGUUUGCAGAAAUGGAAAAGCUAUUAGACAACUCCAAUACACAGCCUAGGGGUGUUACGGUGGUGUAAGUAGUGCUGUGAUGCCCCCUAUUGGUCUAAAUCAUACUUACUUCAAGUCCAUUUUAUUUCACAUUACAUCCAGCGGGUGGUGCUUUGUAGCUACUUAUACUGAACAAAAAUAUAAAUGCAACAUGUAAAGUUUUGGUCCUGAGUUUCAUGAGCUGAAAUAAGAUCCCAGAAAUGUUCCAUACCCACAAAAAGCUUAUUUCCAUAAAAUGUUGUGCACAAAUCCCUGUUAGUGAGCAUUUCUCCUUUGCCAAGAUAAUGCAUCCAUCUGCCAGGUGUGGCAUAUCAAGAAACUGAUUAAACAGCAUGAUCAUUACACAGGUACCUUGUGCCGGGGACAAUAAAAGGCCACUCUAAAAUGUGCCGUUUUGUCACAGAUGUCAGAAGUUUUGAGGGAGCGUGCAAUUGGCGUGCUGACCGCAGGAAUGUCCACCAGAGCUAUUGCCAGAGAAUUGAAUGUUCAUUUCUCUACCAAAUGCUGCCUCCAACGUUGUCUCACAACCACAGACCACGUGUAAUCACACCAGCCCAGGAUCUCCACAUCUGGCUUCUUCACCUGAGGGAUUGUCUGAGACCAGCCACCCGGACAACUGAUGAAACUGAGAAGUAUUUCUGUCUGUAAUAAAGCCCUUUUUUGGGGGGAAAACUCAUUCUGAUUGGCUGGGCCUGACUCCCCAGUGGGUGGGCCUAUGCCCUCCCAGGCCCACCCAUGGCUGCACCCCUGCCCGUUCAUGUGAAAUCCAUAGAUUAGGACCUAAUGAAUUUAUUUCAAUUGACUGAUUUCCUUAUAUGAACCUUAACUCAGUAACAUUUUUGAAAUUGUUGCAUGUUGCAUAUUUUUGUUCAGUAUAUAGUUCAAACAAGUACUCAGCUUGCUAAUAGAACAUAUUUGGUUUGAAUAAAUUAAACAUGCUGAAUUUUAAUGGUUUUAGGUGCCAUAAAGACAUCACAAAAAAGCAAUGUUAAAUAUUUCUAAUAAAGCAUCCUUUCAUUUUUA